AUGGGCGCCCGGCCCUCACGGCGGCAGCAGCCUGCGGACCCGCCCCUGGCCCUGGACGCACUGCCCCCCGAGCUGCUGGUGCAGGUGCUGAGCCACGUGCCGCCGCACGCCCUAGUGACGCGCUGCCGCCCCGUGUGCCGCGCCUGGCGCGACGUGGUGGACGGGCCCACCGUGUGGCUGCUGCAGCUGGCCCGCGACCGCAGCCCGGAGGGCCGCGCGGUCUACGCGAUGGCCCAGCGCUGCCUGCCCAGCAACGAGGACGAGGAGGAGUUCCCGCUCUGCGCCCUGGCGCGCUACUGCGUGCGCGCGCCCCUCGGCCGCAACCUCAUCUUCAACUCCUGCGGCGAGGAGGGCUUCAGAGGCUGGGAAGUGGAGCACGGUGGGAAUGGCUGGGCCGUGGAAAAGAACGUAAUUCUGGUGCCGGGGGCCCCUUCCCAGACCUGCUUCGUGACGUCUUUCGAGUGGUGCUUCAAGAGGCAGCUUGUGGACCUGGUGAUGGAGGGGGUGUGGCAGGAGCUGCUUGACAGUGCCCAAAUCGAGAUCUGCGUGGCCGACUGGUGGGGCGCCCGGGAGAACUGCGGCUGCAUCUACCGGCUCCGGGUCCGCCUCCUGGACGUGUAUGAAAAUGAAGUGGUCAAGUUCUCCGCCUCACCCAACCCGGUUCUUCAGUGGACUGAGAGGGGCUGCCGACAGGUCUCCCAUGUCUUCACCAACUUUGGCAAGGGCAUCCGCUACGUGUCUUUCGAGCAGUACGGGAGAGACACGCGUUCCUGGGUGGGCCACUAUGGCGCCCUUGUGACCCACUCCAGCGUGAGGGUCCGCAUCCGUCUGUCCUAGUGACCAGCCCGCCAGGGCCUUCCAGGACAUACUGUGGCUGCCUGAUGUCACAUCAUCAACCCAGGACUUUGUAGCCGGGAGCCAGAGAUGCCCAGGGACAGUAGGAUCCCAUCUGGCCUGUUCCAGGCAUGUUCUCCAUGUUGCCCCCUUGCUGCUGCUUCAGCAUGGUGGCCCAUACGCUGUGACCAUCCAUCCAGGGAGCCCACCAGGCUGUUCACGGCUUCCUCAGCUCCCCAGUUGGGGGCAUCAAACUCAGAGACUGCUAGUUUACUCGCCAAUUGUUUUCUCAUGUGUGAGGGUAUCCACUGGUAGACUGAGUCAGGAAACAAUGGGUGCAGGGGAGGCCUGACAGCCUGGGAACAGAGAACCUUGGCUGUGUUCCUGGGUGGGCUGACUGCUGGCAGGGAGCAGGGGUCAGGCCAGGCUUCAGCUGUGGGGCAGGUAACCAGCCGUCUGCACCCCCCCAUCAGUACCUCCUUUUGGGCCAGGCUGACAUUUCUCAUAAACUCCUCAGAGGCAGGUCCCUGUACUUCUCCGUUGACCCCUAAACUCUGUCCCCUGCCAGGCGAGCCUCUCCUUUCUCUGCCUGGACUGUGUACAAGGUUUGUCCUGAAGAAAAUCACCCUACCCCUCCAGUUUCUCCCACUGUUUCACCAGCCGGGCACAGCUAACAAACUCAGUAAAUCCCAUGCUAAACAUGAGCUGAUGGGCAGUUUUUGUCUGCAACUGAUGCACCUGACUGCCCCCAACUUGGAUCCUAUAAGGCCUUGUGGGUGUCUCCAAUCACGACAGCUUUAGGAGAGCUGUAUGCUAAGGGCCGCACAGGACACGGAGGUGGCUUAGAGAACCUUGACAUGGUUGUGCCGAUGGCAGUGUUUAAUGGCUUCUGGAUCUGUCCUCAGCAGCCCUUCCCACAGCUCUCGGGCAGGUACCCCUAUCAACGCCAUUUAGUCCAGGAGGAAGCAGGCUAGGGGUCUGAAUGACCUGCUCAGGGUGGCACGGUCACUAGGUAGAGGCAGGACGUGACCCAGAGUGGGGUUCCAGCUGGGCACAGCUCACCUAUCUACUGGGCCAAGCAGCAGCUCAUCUCGUUUAAACCAAACCAAGUCCACUGCUGUCGGAGCCAAUUCCAGCUCACAGUGACCCAACAGGACAGCACAGAACUGCCCCAUAGGGUUCCCAAGGCUGUAAUCUUUAUGGAAGCAGACUGCUGCAUCGUCCUCCUGCGGAGCAGCUGGCGGGUUUGAACCGCCGACCUUUCGGUUGGCAGUUGAGCACUUUAACCACUGAGCCACCAGGGCUCAUCUCAUUUAAUCCUCACAAAGUACCCCCCUAAGGUCAGUAUCAUUCUAAGUGCCACUUUCCAGGGGAGGAAACAGACCCAAAGGGGACACAUAACAUACCCGGGGUCACACAGCAAUGAUGAGGGGGAGGCAGGGUUUGAACCCAGGUCUGCCUGACACUAAUAACAGAAUAGCAGCUCCCAUGUACGAAGCAUGCAUGCACACGCACACACACACACAGGAGGCACUAUUCUCUAUGAAGCGUGGAGACCUGGUGGUACAGUGGUUAAGAACUCAGGCUGCUAACUAAAAGGUCAGCAGUUCAAAUCCACCAGCCUCCCCUUGGAAACCCUAUGGGGCAGUUCUACUCUGUCCUAUAGGGUCACUGAGUCAGAAUCGACUUGUUGGCACAAAACAACAGUGUUUGAAGUCGUGCAGCCAUUUAAUCCUUCAACAUCAGCGUUACAAUUACCACCAUUUUCCAGAUUGGGAAGCUUGUGGGCAGAGCUUCACCUGCCCAGGUCCUACGACCAUAGGAAAUGUAGCUGGGACUCAGGGCCACCUACCUGACUCCAAAGCUUAAAACAGGAGUACUAUCUGUAUCUUAAGCACAUUAAAAAAAAAAAAAAAAAAAAAA